AUGUAGUUUUGUGAAUCUCAUUCCUUUAAAAUGAACUUUUGUAUGGGAGUAUUAGUACGACUGUACGAGUCAGAAUUUAGAAAAAGAUGUGGUUUGAUACCCCUAACGGUCUGUUUGGUAGUCGUUAAUAAAUUGUGGUAAUGGGAAUGAAUUUUAAGUGUAAUUUUAUUAGAAAGCACCUUUAAAAUCUCCAUGGGGAGGCAUUUUUUCUCCAUAAGCAAGCAAUCUCACCCAUAAAGUUGUGUUUUUGUCUCUAAGGGGAAGCAAUUUUCAUUACCACUCAUUGGAUGGGAAUGAAAAUUCAAUAAGGAAAGUGGACAAUUUAGGAUAAAUUAGCAUUAUCAUGGGAAUGGUCAAUGAUAUUUUUCACAAAUUUACUCACAAAUUCAUUCCCAUUACCAUCACUUAUGACCAACUACCAAACGGGCCGUAAGUGUUGUUGAUGGGAAAAACAAAAUUAUAAAUUUUACAUGAUUUUGGUUUAAAGUGUGAAGUUUAUGAGCUAAUUGUUCCUAUGCUGUCUGUUAUUCUAUUUUCGCAUUCGUCUGGAUAUGCAAAUAUUCCUCAUAUUUCGUGUACCUAUUUUAUAUCCAGUGGUUAAAAGCUGAUCAACUUAAGGGUUCCUCGAUAAAGUAGAUACUAGCACAAGGUUGCAACGGGAAAGAUUUACAAAGAGAAGGAUGCUGAAGGUUUCAGAUGGGACUAACUGUUCAGCUUAUGCUGAUUCUGCAACCUAUCAACAUGUUGAUUCGAAUAAUGCAACUACAUCUUUUCCAGUUGACCAUGUUAAUCUGGACAAGUUACAGAAUGAUAAAGCUGAUGUCAGAGACCAGAUUGCUGGAUACAUAUUCAUGUGCAACACUGGAACGAAACCAGAUUGCUUCAUCUACAGGGUUUUUGGUCUUCCAGCUUCAAGAAUGAGGGUUGUAGAGAAAAUUAAGCCGGAUACUAAGUUGUUCUUGUUUGAUUUUGAUGUAAAGCUUCUUUACGGGCUAUAUGUUGCUGAUUGUAGUGGAAAGUUGGCGCUGGAGCCAUAUGCUUUUGGGGGAAGGUUUCCUGCUCAGGUUAAGUUCUCGAUUGUCAGAGAUUGUUUACCUUUGCCAGAGGUGGCUUUCAGAGAUGCUAUUAAAGAAAAUUACUAUGGUGGAUCCAAGUUCAAGCAGGAGCUCAAUGAGAUGCAAGUAAAUAAGCUAGUUUCACUACUUCGUGAUAUUCGUCCUAUCUCUGUACAACCACCGCCACGUGCAUCUCCAGCCUUCCUGGAUGCUGUGAGAGGUGUCUAUGAAAAGUAUGUGGUGCCAAGCCAGCAGAUAACCAGACAGACAUACAUGCACCAUGAAAGAAGUGUACCAGAAGUUCCACAAGUUGUGAAUGCAAAUAGCUAUUAUGGACAAAAUCCAAUGCCUUUCUCCAGUGUGUCUCUAGUAUCACCUGCUGCGGCCCCCUCAUCUUCUAUGUUGUCUUCGUCCUUGGGAGCUUCCCAUUGGGUUGCCAUGGCUGCUGAAGCCUUGAAUACAGAAGGCCAAACUUCCAAUAUCACGCUACCACUCAAUGAACCAGGUGUCAGUUGUGACAUGCCAUACAACGGUUCUGAUGUCAGUGGAGCACGCUACUAUGAUGGAUAUCAGGAUCAAACACAUCCCAGUUCUCAUCAAGCACUACCGGUGAACACUGAUCAAGGAGCCUACAACAGGCCCAUCCAUGCUUAUGAGAUGCAGCCAUCCUCUGUGAGUAGCUAUCAUACUCAAAUUCAAGGUCAUUCAACUCUUCCUCAAACACCGACAGCUGGAAGCAGUGGCAUUAGGGUUGAAAAUACACAUAUGUAUCACAACAGCACAUAUCAUCCAGCCUCCAUAAGUUCCGGCUAUACCCAUACUCAAGGUCAUCUAGCUUUGCCUCAAACACAACCAUCACUAAGCAGCAAAGUUGGUGCUGAUAAUCCAUAUCUCAAUUACAGCGGUAUAAACCCUGCGACCUUGGCUUAUGAUUAUGGAAAUCAAGGUUACUAUAGUUGCCAUCAGAAUGCUGCUCCGACAACUGUACAGCAAGUCAAUAAUGCCCCUGCCGAUGCAUCUCAGAUGCACCCAGCAUAUUGGCCUACUGCACCUCAUCCUGGCUAUAUGACAUAAAGACUCUUAUUAUCUCCAUUUAUAGUUCCAGGGACUAGUUCCAUCCUGAUAAAAGUUGUAGAUAAAAGCAAUGAACAUAACGACUUGCCUGUUUUUAUCGUUUGCUCGUGCCUGUUUCAAGGCUUUGGAGUUCGGAAUAUAGUUAGUGUGAGCCGAGAGAUGAUGGUAGUUAGCUAUCUAGUUAGAAUUGGUGUAAUCAUGUGGGUUUGCUACCUCAUAGUUAGUGUGGUAUUUGCUCCUAGACCAAAAAUAUGCACUUUCUCUCAUUACAUGAAUGCGCGCCCUUAUGCAA